CGGCUGUCCCCUUCCCCUUGUCGUCCUCUCUCCUCCGGUACCAAAUAUAAAGCCGCCUCGUCUUCUCCCUAUUCUACUGUCACAGCCUCUGCAAGUCUUUACCGUGUGCGCGAGUGUGUGUUACGGAGACGAUGAAUGCUGUUAAGUUGAAGGAGACGGGCAAGGGUGGCGACGCGGCGGCGGCGGCGGCGGCGGCGGUGACCCUGGAGGAGCUGAGGAAGAAGAUGGCCGACUUCGCCAGGGAGAGGGACUGGGAGAAGUACCACAGCCCGAGGAACCUCCUGCUUGCUCUGGUGGGUGAGGUGGGGGAGCUCUCUGAGAUAUUCCAGUGGAAAGGGGAGGUGCCCAAGGGGCUGCCCGGGUGGGAAGAGAGGGAGACGGAGCACCUCGGUGAGGAGCUCGCCGACGUGCUCCUCUACCUCGUCCGCCUCUCGGACAUGUGCGGUGUUGACCUGGGCAAGGCCGCGCUGCGCAAGAUCGACCUCAACGCUCGCAAGUACCCCGCCGGGCCAGGCUGCAGGCCAUCCAAGAAGGGCGUCCACUGCUCCAACGACACCGGUGACAGCCGCGAUGAUCACGGCGACGUGGUGGCUGUCGUCCGCGCCGACGAGAUCAAGGAGGAACAUGCUAGCUAACAGUGCGUCCUGAACCCUGAAACGUGUUGGUUCACCACUCUGAAUUCUGCCUUGCCAUAGGCAAGCAUUUGGCUCACUGUCUAGUUCAAUCAUUUCGUUGGUUAGCAAUGUGAUCAGAACAUCUGGGUUUCGUUAAUCAAAAGGGUUGGAUUUGCCUGCUCCA